AUGGGAUCAUAUUCAGCAUAUCCACCCCUGGUCUCCAGGCGCUCAGGCGUCUCCUCCACAUCAGAAUCGACGACGCCUUCGGAGGUAGACUUCGAAGAUCUGGGCAAACAAUUCCAGCGAUUCGGACUCUCGAAUCCUCAGAGACGAGAUUCAGCCUAUACCGACGCACAGUCGCAGCAGAUCAACGACCAAAUCGAAUCAUUUCGAGUCCAGCUAUAUCUCAGUCUCAUUCCCGCGGGGUUGAUGCCCAGAGAUGCGUUUACCGUCGAUUCGCGCACCGGAGUCACUGUUCUGCAGAAGCCGAGCGCUCAGACUCGACUUUUCCUUGUCAGGCUGGAAACGCUAUGGCAAGCUGCAAAUUUCGAUGAAGAUAUAGCCCUUCACCACAUGCUGCUCGCCGUAUCAGAUCGCCAGAGAGAUCUGAGAGAGAGGGAAGAGUCAGCGGAGCUCACCGCUCAAGACCUGGAGCGCGCCAUCGCAAGGGUGCAAAGAGAGGCAUUCACAAGGUAUGUCCUCACCGCUCGAUCCCGGUCCUUGAAAGCUGAUUUUGGUUGCGAAGCGUCACCGUAUCAACGGCACAUCACUAUACGACGAGCCGGAGGUCUCAUUCUUUCCCAUGA